UCUGUUACCGACUACCGGUUACCGAGUACCGGGCACCGGCGUCUGGCGAGUGGCGACCGGCUUUGGCGGCAGUUAACUUGAUCAGUGCUUCUAACGUUUAUACGGUUUACAGAUUUUAUCCGUUUUCUGUUAAGCGUCAUUUGCUAAGGGAUCGGCCGAUCAGCGGUUUCUCCGCGUCGCUCUCGAUCUAACACUUUUGUCGGCUUAAACGCCGCGCUGUGAAUUUUACGAAGGUAGGUACGAUGGCAGUUUGUUUUAUUUGUGAUGUAAAAUUAUAUGGGGAACGAACACGUGUAUGUUCAAGCAUUACACCACACAGUAAUGCACCAUACCCUGAAAAAAUUGGUGAACUUGUAGGAGAGGACUUUGUCAUUAUUGUAACACCCGCUGAUCAUAUGUGCAAGAAAUGCACAUCACUUUUAAACCAUAUGGACAAGCUUGAAAAUGAUUUGAAACUUGUUAAAAAUGCAAUGUUAGCAUCUGUACAAAAGAAAUAUGGUUUAGUGCCUGCUGAUCAACCUGUUAAAUCUGUUAAUAUUGUUAAUGGGCACUUACGAACUGAUGACUUAGAGGUUGGUCAAAGAAAAGUUCCUAGUGGUUUGACAGUUAGAGAGCCUUCUUCAAGUAGUACUCCAUUAAAAAUAAAACAAGACAACGCUUCUAAAAUGAAAAUUUACAAAUGUGGUUUUUGUACAUUCCAAUCUAAAGACCUCGGUCAUGUUCGUUUCCAUAUGCGUUCUCAUUUGAAAAAAAAAGAUGGUGAAAAUUCUAAUCAAACUGUUAUGACUAAAACAGUAACCCAGCAGCAGCAGCAGCAGCAGCAGCAACAGCAACAACAACAACAACAACAACAACAACUACAACAACUACAACAGCAGCAACAGAAAAAAAGACUGUACAGAUGCCAAGUGUGUUCUGUAUCUUAUGAUAGCAGAUUUGAUUGUCUUGAACAUAUUCAAAAAGAUCAUAACCAACAACCAUCUUCAACAACUGAGGAAAAGGAAUCUGAAGUUACUACAGAAAAUGUACCAGUUUUCCAAACAGAUGUAAUAAACUCCGUAGAUAAUCAACAGGUUGUGGUUAAGAAAGAUGAUGGAAGUCAUUUAGUUGACAAAGACUCAAUGGACACAAAUAUGUUGUUGAAUGACAAUAUUCCAGUUGAAGACUCAGCUGUUCCUAAGCAAGGAGAAACACAAAAUACUUGUGACAAUAUGUCUGGACAAAACGAAUUAAUGCAAGUCGACCAAGAAAUGCCUGUUACAAAUGUAGAUAUAAGUGAUAUGGCAGAGAUUGGAGGCACUGAGACUGGAACACCAGAUCAUUUGGACAUUGAAUCAAUGUUGGCUGCUAUUCAUAAUGAUGUUGUCUCUCCUCCAAAUGAUGACAGGGAUGCCCAAAUUUAAUUAAAGAACUAAAAACUGCAAUACAUUUUUUAUAACAGUUUUUAGAUUAUUAUCACUUGAUAAUAAAUUAAAUUGAUGUUUUUU